AGUUUCGGUUGUCAUUGCGUGGCGAUACGUUGUAGUUUAACGUGCUGGCGCGCACAGGUUAAUAUAGUUUACAGAGUCAACAGACGAAUUAGAUCUAUUGCGUGCAGGUUGUUGUGAGUGCUUGCCUAAUAUUUGUUAUAAAUUACAUGGCAAAUAUUAUCGAGUGUUGAUUGAUGCACAAAUAUGCACAAGGCCAUCAAAAACAAAUCACGGUUAUUAUGUGGCCUUAAAAGAGCUAAGGCAGAUUUAACAACAGCCAAAUUCAUAUUGUAUUAUGGACCCAGCGUAGCUGAUAGCGAUAUUUAUGAUCUAACCGACUCGAAGAAUCUUCUGGAAGAUGAGCAUUUGGACUUAAGCAAGAAUACAGUUUUGUAUUUGCACGGCUAUCUAGAGGAUCCCGAUGUGGAGAGCAUGCAUGUCAUCGCGGAGGCCUAUUUGGACCGCAACGACACAAAUCUUAUUUGUCUGGACUGGGGUGAACUGGCGGAUGGCAAUUAUAUAUUCGAUGCGGUAGUCAAUGCAAAACAGUUGGGACCAUAUCUUGCCAAAGUUUUGCUUGAAAUGUUUGACCAUGGCUUAGAUAUUGAGAAACUGCACAUUGUUGGACACUCACUGGGCGGUCAGAUGGCUGGGAUUAUUGGUCGAGAGAUCCUUAAGCGGUCCAAGGGUACAAUGAAAAUAAAACGAAUAACCGGCCUGGAUCCAGCAUUUCCACUUUUCUAUUUCACCGCUGGAUUAGCCAACCAUAUCAAUAAAAAUGAUGCCGAAUUCGUGGAUAUUAUACACACAGAUGCGUGGCUCUAUGGAGCACCCAGCAGUUCUGGUACAGUGGACUUCUGGCCAAAUGGUGGCAAAACACUACAGCCAGGUUGUCCGCAACGCAACUAUAAAAUGCUCAGCGAUAAUGAUUUGUCGAGCCAUCGGCGUAGCUGGUGGUUUUGGGCCGAGAGUGUAUCUGAUCGUUUUCCUAUUAAAUUCGAUGCCGUGGCCGCCAAAAGCUGGGAAGAGUUCAAACAAAAAAAAAUUGAAGAAUCUGAUCAGACUGUAGUGAUGGGUCAUAAUUGUCCCACAACCGUACAUGGCGAUUUUUACUUACAAACAAAUGGCGUAACACCCUUUGCACGUGGCAAAGAGGGUAUUACCUAUGUGGAUCCAAAGGAACUUAUGGGCAAUAACAAUACUUAUGAAGUCACAGUACCCGAAAAGUAAAUCAAAGAAUUAUAAUGUAUUUAGCGCACAAUUAAGUGCUAUUUUAAUAAAUUGUUGCUUGCUUUUGUUAACUGAA